AUGGAUAUUAUGGAAAAUAGAUGGAUGCGGCCUCUCGGCUCCCUGUUGAUCAUCCUUCUAAUCAGACGGGUCCAAUUCGGCAUCGCGCAAGGUCUCAUCAUCUACACACCGCGGAACAGCCUUCUACGCCCGGCGUCUAUACCGAUCCAAAUCGCCCUGGGGGCCGUUGCAUUUCCCCAUGUGCAACAUGUUGUCGUGGAACCGAUUUCGAUUCACUAUCGUUGCCUGCUGGGAGGCACGGUGGUGCUCCAGACGAUUCUGAGCAUUUCGAUCUCCUGUAUGAUCCGCCUAGAUGACACCGACGCCUGCGCCCUUGCCCAAACACCGACCCUCAAGGGCAAGCUUCGGGCGCUGACAAGCCUAAUGAACAACCAACGGUGCAUUGGAACCCCCUACGAAAUCAAGUGGAUUCCUCCCUUUGAUGAAAGUCGCCCGGGGUACAUCCCGUCGCGGGCCGAAGCUCUUCGGUCAGUCGCCACACAGAUCGUCACCGGCUAUCUCUCUCGCCAGGUCCUGGUGAGCUUCCUGUGGGAUAUUCUUCCGCUGGGGCUAUUCUGGUGCUUGUAUAUCGCCUCCUGGCUCAACUCGCUCUACAUGGCAGGUGACUUGAUCGCCUUGAUAUCCGGCGAUCCGGUCGAGGCCCAUCCUCCGGCCUUUGGCUCAAUUCGGUACAUGCGGACGAUCCGAGGAUUCUGGGGGAAAUACUGGCACCAGUCCAACAGUUUUCCUUUCCAGGGCGCAUCCAAUUACAUCUGCAAGGAGCUGUUGGGACUCCGCUCGCUGGUUCAGCGGUAUACCAACAUUCUCUGUGUGUUCGCGAUUUCAGGGGUAUUCCAUGUAUUGACCGAUCGAGCGGAGCGGAUCCCGUACGAGCAGAGCAGGGCAAUGAGGUUCUUCUGCGCGCAGGCAGUCGGCAUCAUGGUCGAAGAUGGGGUCCAGGAGCUUUGGAGACGAUGGCAUGGCUAUCGUCGGGACGCUGGGGACGAUGUGAAAAAGGCAAUCCCUACGUGGGCAAAGCUGGUGGGUUACAUCUGGACGUGGACGUUUUUGUCGAUUACAGCGGAAUGGUUCUUCGAACCUCAUACUGCGAUGUUUCUACAGAAACAUGGCACGCCUUUUGGGAUUGUCAAGAAGGCGCUCUCUAUCCUGGGAGCGGAUACGUCGGUAUAUUUUCUGGAGACAGGGGACUGGAUGCGAGAUUGGCACCAUUGGAAACUAGGCCGAGCUUAG